CUAUUUUACAUUUUAUGAUUUUUUUAGCUGCAGGAUACAAACUGAUCAGGUCAUACAAAACUGAUGCCAAUGAAAAGGACAAACUGAACGAUAUAACUCAUCUCGUAUUUGUGAUUCAUGGAAUUGGUCAUAAAAUAGAUAAUAAAAAAAUAAUAAAAAAUACUUCACAAUUUCGCGAUUGCGUUAAAUGGAUCAAACAUAAAUAUUUCCAAAGGUACUGAACAGAGGGCAGAGUUUUUUCCUGUGGACUGGAGAUCACAG